AUACGACUUGUUACAAUGCUUGCCCUGAUUGACACGUGCCAACCAAAUACGCUGCCCGCCCGCGCGUGUUGUCGAAUCGCACGCACCGAAACCGCGUGGCUCGUCCGCCGCGCCGCCGAUCCCCCCAGCCGCGCCGCCGCCGCCGCCGCACCCACCCACGCGGCUCCGCUCCAGCCAGAUGCUCAAAUCGCACCGGCAUCCGGCAAGCUCCACAGCCAAGCACUUGCUCUCAUUGCCGCCCGCGUGUCAGCCGACGCCGCGCGCGCGAAAAGCCCGGCAAAACUAAACGGCUCAUGCGGCGGUGCGCGCAUGCGUUCCGCUUCCGCAGCUCGCCUUCGCGUCGCGCCCAGGCCGAGAGCCGAGCGGCCUCCUCUCCGCUUCUCCCCCGCCCCCGCCGGCGCGGCGGGCGAUCCCCACCCCGCGGCCUACUACGACAGCGUCCUCGCUUCCCUCUACCAAGAGUGCCACGCCCACCACCCGUUCGACACAAAUCCUCAUCGAACCGACCCCUCGCGGGCAUGCCGUGUCCUGCACGCGCGGAUACUGCGCCUCGGACUGCCCCUCCGGGGACGCCUCGGGGAUGCGCUCGUCGACCUCUACGGCAGGUUCGGCCGUGCGGACUGCGCCUGGCGCGCGCUGGGCUGCUUCGGGGGGCGAGCUUCGGACGCGGCGGCGAGCUCGGUGCUGUCUUGCCACGCGCGGUCGGGGUCUCCUUGGGACGUUCUCGAUGCGUUUCGGUGCAUCAGGAGUUCCCUUGGCGGCCGGCCGGACCAGUUUGGCCUUGCGGUGGUUCUGUCCGCGUGUUCGAGGCUGGGCGUUCUUGUCUACGGCAGGCAGGUGCAUUGUGAUGUGCACAAGAGCGGGUUCUGUUCCAGUGCCUUCUGCGGAGCGGCGUUGGUGGACAUGUAUGCCAAAUGCGGUGAGGUCGCCGGUGCUCGGAGGGUGUUCGAUGGGAUUGCUUGCCCGGACACAAUAUGCUGGACAAGCAUGAUUGCAGGCUAUCAUCGGGUUGGACGCUACCAGCAAGCGCUGGCUUUGUUUUCUAGGAUGAAGAAGAUGGGCUCUGUCCUGGACCAAGUAACGUGCGUUACCAUCAUUUCCACUCUUGCAAGCAUGGGUAGACUGGACGACGCGAAAACUUUGCUGAAAAGGAUACAUAUGCCAAGCACAGUUGCUUGGAAUGCUGUCAUCUCCAGUUACGCACAAAAUGGGCUUGAGUGUGAAGUGUUUGGCUUGUACAAGGAUAUGAGAAGACAUGGAUUCAGGCCAACUAGGUCCACUUUUGCGAGCAUGGUAAGUGCAGCAGCCAACAUGACUGCGUUUGAUGAAGGCCAACAGGUACAUGCAGCGGCAGUAAGGCAUGGUUUGGAUGCAAAUGUUUUUGUGGGCAGUUCUCUGAUCAACCUGUAUGUGAAACAUGGCUGCAUCUCUGAUGCAAAGAAGGUGUUUGACUUCUCCUCUGAAAAGAACAUAGUCAUGUGGAAUGCGAUGCUUAAUGGGUUUGUUCAGAUCAAUGAGCUGCAAGAAGAGACCAUUGAAAUGUUUCAGUACAUGAGGAGGGUUGACCUUGAGGUUGAUGAUUUUACAUUUGUGAGUGCCCUUGGCGCAUGCAUUAACAUGGAUUCCCUUGGUUUAGGAAAACAGGUACAUUGUAUAACAAUCAAGAACCACAUGGAUGCAAACUUGUUUGUUGCUAAUGCAACACUAGAUAUGUACUCAAAACUUGGAGCAAUCGACGUUGCAAAAGCACUGUUCACUCUCAUUCCAGACAAGGAUAAUGUAUCCUGGAAUGCUCUUAUAGUUGGACUUGCACAUAAUGAAGAGGAGGAAGAAGCAGUCUGUAUGCUCAAAAGGAUGAAGCUGUAUGGUAUAACACCAGAUGAGGUGUCUUUUGCUACUGCAAUUAAUGCCUGUUCCAAUAUUCAGGCUACUGAGACUGGAAAGCAGCUACAUUGUGCAUCUGUCAAGUAUAAUAUCUGCUCAAAUCAUGUUGUUGGCAGCUCUCUGAUUGACUUGUAUUCGAAGCAUGGAGAUGUAGAAUCUUCUAGAAAGAUUUUGGCACAGGUAGAUGCAGGCAGUAUAGUCCCAAGAAAUGCGCUUAUUACAGGUCUUGUGCAGAACAAUAGAGAAGAUGAAGCCAUAGAGUUGUUUCAGCAAGUGCUAAAAGAUGGUUUCAAGCCCUCGAGCUUUACAUUUUCAAGCAUGCUUUCUGGUUGUACUGGCCUUCUCAGUUCAGUUAUUGGCAAACAAGUCCAUUGCUACACACUGAAGUCUGGUCUUCUGAAUGAGGAUACAUCCCUUGGCAUUUCACUGAUUGGAAUAUAUUUGAAGUGCAAAAUGCUUGAGGAUGCAAACAAACUCUUAAUGGAGAUGCCGGAUCACAAAAAUCUGGUUGAGUGGACAGCUAUCAUUUCAGGGUAUGCUCAAAAUGGUUACAGUGAUCAAUCCUUGGUGUCAUUUUGGAGAAUGCGCAGUUAUGAUGUUCGUUCAGAUGAAGCCACAUUCGCAAGUGUUCUGAAAGCUUGCUCUGAGAUAGCAGCUCUUACCGAUGGAAAUGAGAUACAUGGCCUCAUCAUUAAAUCUGGAUUUGUUUCUUAUAAAACUGCAAUCAGUGCCCUCAUAGACAUGUACUCCAAGUGUGGGGAUGUAAUUUCUUCCUUUGAAAUCUUCAAGGAAUUGAAAAACAAGAAAGACAUAAUGCCAUGGAACUCCUUGAUUGUUGGAUUUGCAAAAAAUGGUUAUGCCAACGAGGCACUUCUUCUCUUCCAGAAGAUGCAAGAGUCACAACUAAAGCCAGAUGAAGUUACAUUCCUUGGUGUCCUAAUUGCUUGUAGCCAUGCUGGUUUAAUUUCUGAAGGCCGGCAUUUCUUUGAUUCUAUGAGCCAAGUUUAUGGAUUAAUGCCCAGAGUAGAUCAUUAUGCAUGUUUCAUCGAUCUCCUUGGACGUGGUGGUCAUCUUCAAGAGGCUCAAGAAGUUAUUGACCAUUUGCCCUUCAGAGCUGAUGGUGUAAUCUGGGCUACAUAUCUUGCAGCAUGUCAAAUGCACAAGGAUGAAGAAAGAGGGAAAAUUGCAGCAAAGAAACUUGUUGAGUUGGAACCACAAAGCUCAUCCACGUAUGUGUUCCUUUCAAGCUUGCAUGCCGCGGCUGGUAACUGGGUUGAAGCUAAGGUAGCCAGAGAAGCAAUGCGAGAAAAAGGAGUGACAAAAUUUCCAGGAUGUAGUUGGAUCACUGUGGGAAACAAGACAAGCUUAUUUGUUGUACAGGACAAACAUCACCCGGACACUCUGAACAUCUAUGAAAUUCUUGCUGAUCUAACUGGAAUGAUAAAGAAAGAUGACAAAAUUGAGGAAUACGAUCAGCUUAUUUCAUCUGGACUGCUUGCUUGAGGGGCAAGGACCCUUUUUAACUAAAUUUAUGCUUAAGGAGUAGAUUGAUCUUCUGGCUCAUCCUGGACCUUAAGUAUAUUUUGGCUGUUUAGCAUCAAAGUUUCAAGCUCAAAACAACUCCAGGAUUUAUUGGUUUCACUUUGUUCAAGGGAUCUCUCUUAGUUGCUUGUAGCGAAAAUCAAUCUGUUCAGAUGUCACCGGAUGGCAUGAGAAGUGCAUCUGAAUCGGACAGUGCAUAGGAUAGGGAAAUGGUCCAAGUUUGAGUAGCAGAAUCAAGAACAACAACAUGCUGCUAUUUCUUAUCUGGAAGCUACGUUGAGGAGUCCCCCACCUGAAUUUUACUCAAAGAGUAAGAGUUUGACCAGAGUAAAAUUACAGCCUAAAACAUGGGCUACGAGAUUACAGCAUGGGGAGGAGAGGAAAAAAAAGCUAAGCAAUAACAUGCAACAAUUAAGAACACCAAUUUAAGGCCAGAGAAGGACGAUCUCCUGGGCAAGCAUGGCUAACCCAGAGCUCUAAGUGAGAGUGGAGGAGCUAGGCUGCAGCCUUGUCAUAUGCACGUUGUUGGACACCAUCCAUUGAAAAUAUUUAUCCUCUCCUCUGCUCGAAGUGAGUAUCGGCUGCUGACAAGUGUAAAUAUCCUUUUUCUGAAGAGAAAAUGGCAAGUGAAAAUGUCAGUGAACAUGUCCAUUUGAAGCCUGAUUUGAGAAAGAAAUUCCUUUCUUCGUUAAUAUAUUUUCAUCUACUAUUGUACAAGAAAUAACAUUACAAUAUCGCUAUGCCUCUGCUUUAUGUAGGAAUGACAGGGCCACUAACACUAGCCAUGUGCAUACUCUUCAAUUAUUGUGAUAAAACUGAUUAAUUUGCUAGUAUCUACAUAUGCUGUUGUAGAUGUCCACGAACAAGGCAGAAUGUUGCUCCUAGGUCUUGCUUAACUUGGCAUUACUUUCUUCCCUUCACAAACAUCACAUACAAUGGAACCAAGGCCUUCGCAGUAUGUGCACUUUGUAUCUUCGCCGACCCAUUCCAAAAACUUCAUUUUUAAGGAGAAAAGUGAACGUUAAAUGCAUAUAAGAGAACAAAAUUUAAUUGACAGUGUUAAUGUAUUUGUGCAACAGGAAUCUAGCAUACCUGUGGUUCAAUGUUUGGCUCACCUGAUCCAUCACAUUCUGCAGGAGGAAAAAUUUUAUCAAUAGUCAAAGCAUGGGGGAUGGAGAGUGCCGCUCGAUUUUCAGUACACCACAGAUUUUUAACAGAAAAUCGGGAAAUAAUAAAGUCAGCUGCCCAUGUCAAUUUCUUAUGAUACAGCAGAUAUCAAAUAGGGAUUUAGAUAACAAUGUAGAGUGAGAGUGCCUGGAAUGAAUUGCACUAUACUUUGUCCAGCUAGAAUACUCUGUUCGCCAUUCACAAAGGAUAAUGUUUGUUGACAAAGUGCCAUGGUUUGAGGGCCGUAGAGGGUACCAGUUGUACUAUCUUUUCGCUGACCAUGGCAGCAAACAUUGCAAGCAAUAACUUUUAGUUACCUGUGCACAUGAGGCGGCCUUCACCUCUACAUGAGAUGCAUGUCUUGGUCGAUGCAGCAGUACCGGUGCUGGUUGGUUUUUUCUUCUGGGUUAACCUGGAUGGGUCUUCCCACCUGUUUUCACCAAGAAGAAACACUCUGUGUUCGGAGACCCCCACUCCUGAGACACCAUUUUCUGUAACCACAGUU